AUGUUGGUAAAUAAAGUUGUACGACCUUAUGGUCUCUACGAUUUAUUGCUAUUUUUCUUAUUUUUAUUUGCAUUAAUUAUACCUAUAACUGAUGCAGCAAAGGAUAAAAAACCAAAAAUUGCAUCUAAUUAUGCUCCAAAGAGAAUUAAAUGUCCAAAUGAUUCAAACAAACCUUUAUUGAGAGAAGCUAAUUCUAUCUCCUUUGAAGAAUCUAAAUGGUUACAUAAGAGAAAACAAGUUACUGUGCCUGCUUUAAAAAAUUUCUUAUUAAGAGCUACAGAAAAUUUUGAAGAUAAUUCCUUUGUAGAUCAAUUAUUUCAAGAUGAUGAAGAUAAUAAUGUUCCGAAAAUUGGAAUUGCAAUUAGUGGAGGUGGUUAUAGAUCAAUGUUGACUGGGGCAGGUAUCCUUUCAGCAAUGGAUGAUCGCACAAUUAACUCAACUGUAAAUGGUCUUGGUGGUCUUUUACAAUCUACCAGUUAUAUUGCAGGUGUCUCUGGUGGAAAUUGGUUAGUUGGAUCCUUAGCAUGGAAUAAUUGGACUUCUGUUCAAUCUAUUAUAGAUAAUUGGAAUGUUGAUGAUAAAGAUGAUGAUGAUAAUGAUACUGAUGAAAAUGAUAGUAUUGAAGUUACAGAAACUGAAGAAGUUACAGGAGGUGAAGAUGCAGAUUAUGAAGUGAAUCCAAUUUGGGAUCUUCAUGAUUCAAUCAUUUCCCCAGGUGGGAUGAAUAUUUUUAAAUCUGCUAAAAGAUGGGAUCAUAUCUCCAAUGCGAUUCAAGCUAAACAGGAUGCUGGGUUUGAGACUUCUUUAACUGAUGUUUGGGGUAGGGCACUAUCUUAUAAUUUUUUCCCAAAUUUAAAUAGAGGUGGGAUCGAUUAUACUUGGAGUUCAUUAAGAAAUGCAAAGGUUUUCCAAGAGGCUCAAAUGCCUUUCCCUAUUAGUCUUUCAGAUGGUAGGUAUCCUGGGUCUAGUGUCAUUAAUUUAAAUGCAACUUUAUUUGAAUUUAAUCCGUUUGAAAUGGGUUCUUGGGAUUCCUCAUUGAAUGCAUUCUUUGAUGUUAGAUAUUUGGGAACAAAUGUAUCAAAUGGUAUUCCAAUUAAUCCUUAUAAAGAAGAAAAUACUGAAGCAACAACUAAGGUAACUAAAGAUGAUGUUGAUGUUAUAGAAGAUAAUCAUGAAUGUAUUAUCGGAUAUGAUAAUACUGCCUUUAUUAUGGCAACAUCUUCAACUUUGUUCAAUCAAUUUUUAUUGAGAAUUAAUUCGACAAAACUACCUGUUCCAAAAUUUAUAACAAGAUUGGCUACACAUUUCUUAAAUGAUCUAUCUCAGGAUUAUAAUGAUAUUGCUGUGUAUCAUCCAAACCCAUUUAAGGAUUCUCAAUUUGUACUAGAUAAUUUCACAACAAGUAUCACCAAGUCAGAUAGUUUAUACUUGGUUGACGGUGGUGAAGAUGAUGAAAAUAUCCCAUUUGUUCCAUUGAUUCAAAAGGAUAGAGAUCUAGAUAUUAUUUUCGCAUUGGAUAGUUCUGCAGAUAUGAAGUUGCAAUGGCCUGAUGGAUCCUCUUUGGUUCAUACUUAUGAGCGUCAAUUCUUUAAACAAGGUGAUGGUAUGGCAUUUCCAUACGUUCCCGACACAAAUACAUUUGUUAAUUUGGGUUUGAAUAAGAGACCUACUUUCUUUGGUUGUGAUGCAUCAAAUAUGACCGAUCUUGAAUAUAUCCCACCAUUGGUUGUAUAUAUGCCAAAUUCUGAGUAUUCAUUUAAGAGUAAUCAGAGUGCAUUCAAAUUAUCUUACUCUGAAACUCAAAGAAGACAAAUGAUUCAGAAUGGGUUUGAAAUCGCUACAAGGAAUAAUUUUACUGAUGAUCCAGAUUUCUUAAGUUGUAUUGGAUGUGCCAUUAUGAGAAGAAAACAAGAAUUCUUAAAUAUUACAUUACCUAUCGAAUGUGAAUCUUGUUUCGUCACAUAUUGUUGGGAUGGUGAAUUAGAUACUACUGAAUUGCCAGACUCCGAAAAGGAUUGGCAUCAUUCUUUUGUGUAUGAAAAUGGAAAACCUAAUGACACUAAUUCCACAGUGAAGGAUUCAGGAACUUUUGUAUCUUUACAAGAUGAUAAUUCCCCAUAUUUGAGAGACUCUAAUUCUAAGAAUAUUAAGGAUCAUUCGGAUGAAGAUCAUUACAAGAAUACAAAAAUCUACACUGGUACAUUGAUCAACAUUAAAUUCAUCAUGCUAUUACUGUGCAUAGUGACAUUUUUGGUAGGUUUAAUUUAG